AAACUGGGGAUUAUAUAUACACGUCCCAUCUCUCUAGCUUGCAGAAUUCAAAUUUUGCGGGCAAAGAGAUGAAGAUGGAAACCCUAAUAUCUGCGUUCAUUCUUGUCGCCUUGCUUUCUUCUUCAUACCAGUAUCAGCCAUCAACAGCAAGAUCAGUUUUCGCGAACGACUUGAUCGAUCAAGUGUGUCAGAAAACCAGAAAUCCCAGUUUGUGUGAGUCCACCUUGGAAUCAGAUCCAAGAAGCGCCGGAUCAGACACUAAGGGUCUGGCUCACAUCGUGUGCGACAAGUCGCUGGAUAACGCCAACGAAACCUUAUACAAAGUAGUCCCAGAAUUGGUCGGAAAGGCCAGAGAAAAAGCUGUCGUCGACAAGCUCCAGAGUUGUCGCCUGAUUUAUGCUGUGAUAGUAACUGAUGUAUCAUCGGCCGUCGCACAGUUGGAUUCCGGUAAGAAUGAUGUGGCCCUUUCUUAUCUGGAGAUCGCUGCCAAUGGUACUGAUUCCUGUGAGAAGGUUUUCACUUUGGUGCCUCCGAAGAUGAAGUCGCCUUUAUCUGAUAGAGACAACCCUCUCAUGUCUCUCAUUCAUAUAGCUCAAGAUAUCAUUCACUUGCUUGUUUGAUUUGUAUGUUUUGUUUUCUUGUAAUACAGGAUU